UUCGUAAACAAAGCAAAGUUAAAACCACGCUUGGCACGCUUCCGAACCGGGCUUUGUCGAGUUGUAAUUAGAAAUUUUUACUUGUUAAUUCCAAUAAAUUAAACGAUAAACCAUCUUUUUCAUUCCAAAAACUUAAAUCUUCAAACAAUGGAAGGUUCGGUGCUGAAAGAAGCGCUCAACAUCAGCGAUUUGCUCGGGGAACAUGGAGCCCAAUUCCAGAUCAGCACCAAGUACAACGACCACGGCGAAGAGUUCUUCAUGGAGGAUGAUUACGGCAGUGCGGACGAAGACGAAGAUGCCCACCGUAAGAUCAUGAAUCCCUGGGACCGAAGCUUCGACGAAUUGCGCGCGCAAAUGUUUAUGGUGUCGGAAUUUGUCUACAAGAGAAUCACCAAGCAGGGCGUGGGAGAUGAGCUGGUUCCGGACCGGGCCCGAGUCACGAUCGAUUACAAUGCGUACUUUGAGGGCGAAACGUACGCGUUCGAUUCCACAUCGAUGCGGGGGGAAUACAAAACGUUCACCAUUGGCAAAUCGGAAGUUCUCCAGGGAUUGGAAGAAGCGGUUCAAUCCAUGAAGCCCAGCGAAGAGGCCCAGUUCGUUAUUGGCUAUCAGGUUUUGUUCGGAGAACUGGGUUGCAAGCCGAGAAUUAAACCCAAAGCUGACGCUUUAUUCAUUGUGAAGCUGGUCAGUUUCACGGAUCCUGGGGAUGCUGAUGCAUUGGACAAUUUGACCCAGGAAGAGAAAACGUCGUAUGCUGUUGUGAAAGACAAAGUGGCCGAUACGAGAACGCACGCCAAGGAUUACUUCAAGCGGAACAUGGUAGCGAACGCGAUCAAUGAUUACCACAAGGCGGUCAACUAUUUGGAAGGGUGCCAUGUGAAGAACGAGGAGGAACAGAAGGAACAAACCGAAACGUUAAUUGCGUUGUACACCAGUUUGGCGGUUUGCUACAACAAGAAGGACAACCCGCGCCGGACAUGUUCGAUGAUUAACGAAAUUCGACGCUUGGGGAACAUUGACCGGAUGUCCCGGGCACUGUUCCACGAGGGACGGGCUCUGAUGAACCUGGGAGAGUACGAACGGGCCAAAACAAGCCUACUGAAAGCUCAACGGCUGGAAGCCACCAACAAGGACAUUGUAAAGGAAUUGAAGAUCCUGAAUGAACGGUGGGAAAAACAUCGCCAAGAGGAGCGAUCGAUCUGUGCUCGGGCGUUCGGCUUGAAGGAACGCAAGGACGAACGGCAAACCGAGGAACAGGUCAAGUUUACCAACACGAUGAAGAAGAACCUGGAGGAGUUUGUGGCGGACGAAAAGAGCAAACAGUUCACGCUGCCGGAGGGCCUCACCACCAAGGAGAUGGACAUCGUCCAGGAUUUGGCGGACGAGUUCGACGUGAAGCUGAACUUGUACAAGGAGAGUAGCAAGGACUUUUAUCGACUGGAGAAGAAGAAAGCUGGAGGAGAGGGCGAGCAAUAGAGGAGUGGACGAACUAUGUAGGAAAGGGUGAAAUGGGAGAUUUUUAAUUGACUUCUUUCUGAUUCAUUGACUGUAAAAUAAUCAACUGAAAUAAAUGACUACCUACUCAAUCAUAUA